AUGGCUAGUAAUUACCAACGGAAAACAAACCACCAGUCUUGGUCGGAGGAGAGCAUGCACUUUGCAAUUCAAGAGAUGAUAAAUGGAAACAUGGGCGAUUUCACAGCUUCAAAGGCAUAUUUAGUACCCCAGAUCACAUUGGAGAAUCGUGUUAAGAAAGGGAAAUCAGGUGCAACUAUUUCCGAUGCAAGCAAGAAAGGUUCAUUAGGAAGUCGUAAACCGGUAUUUAGUUCAGGGCAGGAACAGGAACUUGUAGAGUAUGCUCUUCUAAUGGAAAAUAGAUUUUUCGGACUAACAUUAAGGGAACUACGAAGUCUUGUAUUUGAACUUGCAGAGCGGAACAACCUACCGCACAAUUUCAACAGAGGCAAACAAAUGGCUGGAAAGUGUUGGCAGUACUCAUUUCUUAAGCGUUAUCCUGAUCUGAGGCUUAGAUCUCCAGAAGCAACAUUUCGUGCUCGAGCGAUGGGUUUUGAUAGAGCAGUAGUGAACAAUUUCUUUGAUUUACUAGAAAGAUCAUUCGCCAAAUACCAGUUUUCACCAGAUAGAAUCUACAAUGUGGAUGAAACUGGUGUGACGACUGUUCCAAAGAAGCAAUCGAAAGUUCUUGCUCUGCGAGGUAAACGUAAGGUUGUAAGUGUUGUUUCGGAGGAGCGAGGAACUUUGGUUACAGCAGAAACUUGUAUGAGAACCGCAGGAAAUUAUAUGCUCAUUAUGUUUGUAUUUCCUCGAAAGAAAGCCAAUCAAGAGCUAUUAGAAGGUAUACCACCAGGGACUUCAGCCAAAUAUCACGAAAGUGGUUGGAUGCAAAAGGAUAUUUUUUUAAAGUGGUUUAAGCGCUUUAUUAAUUUUGCCAAGCCAACAGAAAGACAUCCAGUUCUUCUACUCUUAGAUGGGCGCGCAACCCAUACCAAAUCUUUGGAGCUUAUCUCAUAG